GGUGACCAUCAUCUUCUGAUCACAAGAAUCAUGCAAGUAUUUCAAGGCGGUGUGUUGGCUGCACUCCUCUGGCCCUGUCUGCUGUCCGUGGCAGUCCCUCUGGAGUGUAAGGAUGAGCGAGGGAGCAGCGUCCGCUGCCCCUUGCUCUCCCCCACCCUCUCCCAGGAGAAGCUGCUGGACCGGGUCAUUCAACACGCCGAGCUCAUCCACCGUGUCGCCGACGAGUCCUGCUCUCUGUUUGAGGAAUUGUUUGUCCCUUUCCCUUUGCGCUCUCAGAGGACCCUGGCAGGACACACAUGCAUCACCAAAGCUUUUUCCAUCCCAAGUUCCAAGAGUGAGAUCCAGCAGGUCUCGGAUGGAUGGCUCCUCCACUCGGUCCUCAUGCUGGUCCAGUCCUGGAUCCAACCCUUGGUCUAUCUACAGACCACACUGGAUCGCUAUGACGACGCUCCCAAUACACUGCUUAACAAGACCAAAUGGGUGUCGGAGAAACUCCUGAGUCUGGAGCAAGGAAUAGUGGUCCUCAUUAAGAAGAUGCUGGAUGAGAGCAGUCUAAGCACCUCGACUUACCAGCAGAGUCUGGUCCAGUACGACGUUCAGCCGGAGAUGCUGGAGUCGGUCAUCAGGGACUACUCUCUGCUCAGCUGCUUCAAGAAGGACGCUCACAAGAUGGAAACUUUCCUCAAACUUCUUAAGUGUCGCCAGACUGACAAAUAUAGCUGUUUCCUGUACUAGAGAACUACUUUUGAGUCAGUGUAGCAUUUCUUGCGCAGUAUGUAAGGUGCUUUCUCUUAAGCUGAGAAUGUUUUUUUUGUUGCUUCAUCCUACUGAUUUUAGAUGUAUUCCACCCCACCAAGGGCUCCUUGCUCUUUUUUGUCAAAUAGUAUAUUAUCAACACGUUUGUUGACACUUUUGUGUAACCCUAAGUAGGUCUAACAAAUUGGCAUGUUUUGAGAAGCUACAAAAUAAAUCUUCAUAUUGUAUUGACCAGG